AUGAACAAAGCAAAGGACCAAAAGCGUGCUCUCCGCCUGAGAGAAAACAAGCGAAAGCAUCGCCAACGGCAUAAAGAAUACGUAGCCGACCUCGAGCGGAGACUGGCUGAAACACGUGAACGUGGUGUCCAUGCAACAAAGGAAGUCCAGGCUGCAGCACUGCGAGUUAUCUGGGAGAACUGGCGAUUGAGACAAAUCCUCCAUGGCCAAGGACUAGACAACGACGCAAUCAAUUCCUUGAUAUAUAAGGAUGCGCGAAUCGGCCGUGCAUCCCCAUCAACUAUAGGCUCCUGUCUUAUAAGGGAAGAAGAUGUACGAUGUAACUCACAGGGACGGAGUGAACCAGGCUCACUCGCUGAAAAGGAAGUAAUUGAGAAAUCAUGCGAUGCCAUCGCCGAAAACAUAGAUUACAGCCACACAACGCCUAACAGCAGCCCAUCGGGAAAUCCCAACGCCAGGCAUAUUUUGUCUUCCUCACGGACAGCAUGUACUGAGCAAGCAUCACACAAUGGUGCGCGCACUCCGCCUUGCAAGCUCCUUACAAUUCUCGCAAGCAAUCCCAAUGCCGACAUCACGCAGGUGCCAGGUGCGGCAGACGAGCAGGAGGAAAGUGAAGAGCCAGGUGGCAUGGAGUGUUUGCAAGCCCGAAAGAUGCUGAUGCGCUUUGCUACCACGGAGGCCAAGCUUGAUGACAUUGCUACUGCUCUAGAGAAGGGUUGUGUUAAGGAUGGAUCAGGUAAGGGUUGUCAGGUGAAAAAUGAUGUCAUUUGGAAAGUUCUGGAUCGUUAUUGUGACUAA